CAUUCACUUCGCCUAUCCGCAGCACCUCAUCCUCUCCGCAGACUGCGGCUGACCUUAUUCGACCCUAAUCUAUAUUCAUUUCUCUCUAUCACGACUCCGUACUCUUUUGUAAAGUCCUAAUACUUAUGUCUCAUCCCGAAAAUGACCGCGAAGGCCUAAGCCCUUCGCCGUCGAAUAUUCUCGAUAUCUUUACUGGUGACGAGGACGAGGACGAUGAUAUGGAAAGCUAUCAACCUACCGAAGAACAAAGCACCGGUGCUAGUGGUUUUGGAGAAGAAGAGGAUAGUGACGUGGACUUUGCUGACGCUCAAGAGACAUUGAACGGGAUAGAAAUAGUCCUCGAAGCUGGGGAGGACGAUGAUGAAUACGAGGAUGAAGAAGGCGAACAGACAGAGACAGAAAACGGCGCGGGACGUGCAGAGGGCCGACCUACCCAGGGUUUGUUGACCACAGCCGACAUUCGAGGCCUUCUCCAGGCGAGUGCACCGCUUAGACAGCUUAUCCUCAGCCGAUAUCGGUUCAUCGGUCCGGGCGGUCGUGACCUCUUUGCGGAAGACGAGGACGAGGACGAUGACUUGACCGAUGAUUACGAAAGAUACGGCGGCCUGCAUGGGCGUCGGAGAAGGAGAAGACCAAAGCCCGCGGGCGAUCGAUUUCCAAAAGUACCUAGCGAUAACGGACGGGCAUUGAUGAAUUCGGGAUUGUAUGGCACGCGAGAGGACGAUGUCGACAUACGGCGAAAGAGGAGGCGCACAGUCAGUGAGCGUCUGAUGUGGCGGCGACUGGGCCUCGAUGCACGUUCGAGUAUGCGACGGCAAAAUCGCCUGAUCGCUCAGGAUUCGGUGCCAGCAACCACAAUGGCGGACAAGAUCAUCCAUUACGACAGUCGAGCGUACUCCGGUCAAUUCUCUGACGAUGGCAAUUUCUUCUUCAGCUGUACCCAGAACUUCAAGGUGCGCAUGUACGAUACGAGUAACCCUUACGAGUGGAAGUACUACAAGACAGUCGACUAUCCUUUUGGCCAAUGGACAAUCACCGACGCAACACUCAGCCCCGACAACAGAUACCUUGCUUACUCUUCAAUCCGCCACACGGUCUGCCUCGCUCCUACUGAUCCUACCGACCACUCCGAGCACACCCUGCUCGAUUUUACCAACUUCGCCCCGGGUUCGGGAAUGGGCCGUCCGACCUACGGGUACAUGGGACGACAUGGCUUCGGCAUAUGGUCCCUUCGCUUCAGCGGAGAUGGCCGAGAAAUUGUCGCGGGAACAUCUGACCAUAGUGUGGUCGUCUAUGAUAUCGAGCGACGACAGUCGACUGUCCGCCUGUCCAACCACGAAGACGAUGUGAACGCGGUGUGCUUUGGCGACAAAAUGUCUCCGCAUAUUUUGUACUCGGGCUCGGACGAUCAGACACUGCGAGUAUGGGACAGACGAUCCAUGGCCGAUGGCCGACCUGCUGGCAUCUUCGUCGGACACACCGAAGGUCUCACUUACGUUGACUCUAAGGGCGAUGGUCGGUAUGUCCUCUCAAACGGCAAAGACCAAAUGAUGAAGCUUUGGGAUCUGCGCAAGAUGAUCAGCCCGAACGACUUUGCUCGGAUUGAUAUGCACGCCUACACGACCAACUUUGACUACCGGUUCAGCCCCUACGACGAGGAUGACUACGUGCCUAACCCGAAGGAUUGCAGCGUCGUCACCUUCCGCGGACACAGCGUGCUCAAGACGCUGAUCCGAUGCCACUUCUCGCCCCCUGGCUCGAGUAAUUCGCGGUACGUUUACAGUGGUAGCGAAGACGGAAAAGUGUAUAUCUGGAACAUGGAUGGCACGAGGAAGGAGACAAUUGAUGUCUUUGAAGCUACCAAAUUCUCAAGACCAAGGACUGACGGCAGCGACGGGUAUGGGUAUGAACUACAUGGUCACCAUAAUAGUGUGUGGAAGACCUGUGUGCGAGACGCGAGUUGGAGUCCGACGGCGCCCGUCAUGGCUGCCACGUCUUGGAACGGUUGGGGGAUGGCGACGGGCACAGUGUCGCUGCAUAGCUGGAACGACGGUGCCGAGGACGACGAAGCUCUUCCAGCCAUGUCGUCGAAUUACAAUGCUCGACUGGAUAUGCGUGAGGAUUUUAACCUCGCGCAGCGCCGGUCUCGCGCUGCUGCAGAGACCAAGUCGCGCAGCAGAGCCGAGGGACGUGGAUUGCGGAGUAGUGUCGUGCGGCCGCAGCGGCUGGGCGUUGAUGAAGACGCCGAUGCCAGCAGCGGUACCUGGUGACAAUCAUUGAAUGGGGUGGGUGAGGUGGUGCGGAGGAUGGGCAGGCGCUUGAGUUUAAGGAGAAGUGCAUGGCCAGACGCUGGUGCUACUUCGCCUUGAGAUGCACAGUCUCAGCUGGCUG